AUGCUUGUAUCAUUGCAUCAAGUCAAGCGAGAACCAGAAGACCCAUCCUUGCUAGCACCAGUGGCCAAAUGCAAUGAAACAUCGUCGACCGUUCCGCUUGAUUUGAGAAGUGGAAAAACUGAGCUGAAGCAACAACAACAACAGCAGCAGCUAUCAAAUGCUCUUGUUCUUGAGCCCACUAGAAAUACAACAGCCGAAACAGGCGUCUCCUCUUCCGGCGCAGCAUUUGUUUUGGAUACACGAUUUUACGCCUGUUGGAGAAAUUUUAGUGCACCGCUAACGAUAUUCGCGCCAGCGACAGGAGUACCAGCCAGUGCAGCAACUGUAUUCACUCCAAUCACCGAGAUGGUUCGGAUACUGCAGCAGGCGCAGAUGUUCAGCUCUCAGCGCCAGAACGGCGUCAGUAGCGCUCAGCAGCGGAAUUUCAACUUGCUACAGCUAAUGCAGCAGGAGCAGUCGGAUGCCGGGAAAUAA